AUGACGGAACUAUUGAUUGAACGAGAACCUAACAAUAGACCGAACGGUCUUCAUCAAAAUAAAAUUUGCUUUGCAAUCAUAUUUGUUACUAUUGCUGUUAUAGUAACAUUACUAUCUUUCAAAAGUUCUUACAAUUCAUAUUUACCAUUUUUACCAAAAGCAAGAAUAGAUAAUAACAAGACGAUCAUAUCCUGUUCGCAAAAAGAUUAUAUAAUCAAGAAUGAAAUCGCAAUACCGUAUUUUUCGCAAGAUGUAGGACAGUACUUCUCUAAAUUUCAAUGCACUGGAUCAGAAAAUAAUAUUGAAGAAUGGGAAGAACGUCUUUGUAUUUUUUACAAUACAUGUUAUAAUGUUGAUACCGGUCGUUUUCAUUAUUUUCGAACAACUCAAAGAAAACCAAAGCCUAUUUUUUAUGAUUCAAAAAGAAGAAUGAUAUAUGAAUUUGGUAACAAAGAUGGCAUUAACAAUUUCGUAUCACUUGCAUCGCGCGGAAGCGCACCAUGGUCACCAAUUAGUGUUAAUGAACCAUAUCCAUCGAAAAAUUUUACAAGACUUCAUGAUUUACAUAAUCUUAUGCAAAGUACUUUUGCAUCUGAUAAUAUAGCACAUGGACUAUGGGAAGAUCUCGGUUCAAUUUCAUAUUCGCUGGAUCGAAUGAGUAUCACUGAUCCGAAUUUAGUUAUCAUGCAUUUAAAUAAUAUUCCGAAGACGCCCUUAUUCAAGACAUAUCAUCAAUAUGUUAUACCUGCCUUAACAAAAAAUCCUAUGGUAGAAUUCGGAACUUAUGUUAAAUCUUUUCAUACAAAACAUGUAUGUUUCGAUCGUUUAAUAGUGGGAGGUCAAUUGAGUGUUUUUCCAAAACCUAGAAUAAAAGAAAAUCAUGGACGUGAAGCCCUUUUCUAUAAUUGGAGAUCAAAAAUUAUCAAAUAUAAUGGAUUUGAUCCUAAUUUUGUUCCAAAAAAUCAUCAUAUUAUUAUAACUAAUAAAUCGGUUUCAGUAUGGACACGUCCGAAUAGCAAACUGCAUCGUGCAAUCGUCAAUUUAGAAGAAGUUGAAAAGUUUAUUAAAUUAAGCUAUCCAACGAUAUCGGUUGAAGUAGUUGAAUGGCAUACUAUACCAUUUAAUAAACAAAUUGAAAAAUUAUUAAAUACAACUAUAUUGAUAACACCAUGUGGUGGUGUGUCAUUGAUACUACCAUUGCUACCAAAUGGUGCACAUGCAAUAGUGAUGGAUUAUUAUGCUACUGUAGCAGUUCAUGGAUUUUCGGUUGGUGAAAGCGGAUCGAUGGAGGGUGCUUUGUUAAAUCACAUUGCUCAUGUUAGAAAACAAUAUUAUCAAAUAUAUGGAAAACAAGAUUAUGAAUUUGAUUUUCCGGGAGCUACUGAUGCUCGAGAAGCUUCAUCUAUUAUUGUGAACAUGACACGUUUACAAUUAUUAAUUGAUAAGGCUUUAGAAGAAAUGGAACCUUAA